CGCCACCUUGGACCGACACACCGACUUCCAACUAAUCGUAUUUCCCUAUUGCCCUAUUGUUAUUUUUACAAUACCUAGCACCUUUACUACUCGUUACUUGUGCUACUACUGUACCUACGCCAUACACUAACUCCUUUCUUGCCCUUAAUUCCAUUAUCACCACCCACCUCUACCUACAUACCCUGCCCUUCCCACAUACACUCCCCUUCACCGCAUUAUCACCAACUACGACGAAACUCGUCCGACGUUCGCCUCGCCCUAUAGUCCAAGUUACGAUGCGAAUCUAAUGCCUCACUACUACUACUACGCACCAUGGCCUUCAACUUCAACUGGUCGCCGCUCACGGCCGACGCCGAGUUCUACAAGCGCGCGCAAGAACUCCUCACGAACGCGCUGAACAAGUCUCCGAAGCCGCCCAUAAUCGUCGACGAUAUCCUCGUCACCGAGUUCAACCUCGGCUCCGUGCCCCCGGAUCUAGAAAUCUUAGAAAUUGGGGAUUUGGCCGAGGAUAGGUUCCGCGGCAUCUUUAAGAUGUGCUAUUCGGGCGAUGCCUUCUUGACGUUGCGGACAAGAGUUCAAGCAAAUCCAUUGAAUACGUACCUGUCAGCUAAGCCAACUUUUACAUCGCCACAACCAUUGGCCGCUGCUGCAAGUCUCACGAUACCGUUGUCUAUCACGUUAUCUGAGAUUAAGCUAUCCGCCUUCAUUAUCCUAGUAUUUUCGAAGCAAAAGGGGCUCACCCUGGUCUUUCGAAAUGACCCGCUUGAGUCGCUUAAGGUCUCGUCGACCUUUGAUUCAAUUCAAUUCGUUAGGGAUUACCUUCAAAGGACAAUUGAGGGGCAGUUACGAAAUUUGAUGAUGGAUGAAUUGCCAGCUAUCAUUCAUAAACUUUCAUUACGACUUUGGUGCCCGGACCAAUUGCCGAGAGAGGAGAUUGUACCAAAGGAAGGAUCUGAAGACGAUGCCAUUGUUGACCCCUUUUCAAAUCCACCUCCGGAAGCGGUCGAUUCCAAUGGGCACGUGCUUGAUGCAAAUGAGCUUGCAUCAAUCUCCAUGCAUGGUGGCUCGGAAUUGCAAUCGCUAUUUUCUCAAAAGAAUCUACUCAGGCUAGCAGCUCUUACCGAUUCUCACAGGACGCUGUCACUUUUCACACCUGGAAUACGAGAUGUUCUGUUUAGGGCUUGGGCUGGGUCAAUGGAUCGCAGCGAAACGGGGUACUCAACACCUGUCUUGACACCCAGUUUAAUGCGCACACAAUCCGUGCAGGGGGCUAGUACAACCUACACAUUUACUGAUGCAAGCAGUGUGGAUCAAGGCAGUAUAUCUUCCCGACCAUCGUUGACAAGCCUCCACUCUGCUACGACCGGUCUGGCGCUUGGUUCGGGUCGACACUCAAGAACUUCACGCAAAAAGAAGACUCGUGUGGUCAACCUGCGUCGUAGUAAGACAGGAAGCGAGGCAGCUAGCGAAGUUAGCGAGUCCAUUUCGGAUACUACUUCUGUCGCCGGUCCGUUUUCGGAGCCGAUCGUACCAACUUCUAUCCCAGAAGAUCCCGAAGAGGAGCCGGCAGAGGAGGCGCUAUAUCCAGGCCAAAUUCGAUUCGGGGCAGGAAGGGAAUUACCAUCUCGGCCCGCUUUGAAUAUGAACAUAUACGAAGACCCAACUAUUUCCCAUGUUCCCCAAGAGGCUCCUAUAGAAUCAGUAGAAAAAGAGGUGGAGAUUCCUGCAGCCCAACCCACGAAGCCUUUAGGGCCCGUCGCUUCGUCCUCUAAGAGGCCGUUCAAUAUGGACCGACAUCGGCCGAUGGGCUCCGAUACUUCGUCCGUGAUUCUAGAGCAAGCGUGGAUAAUGAAGAUGGCUGGGGAAAUCGCGCGUCGAGUAUACGAUGAGAAACAACGCAACGAGAACUUCUGGGCGGAGAGAGACGAAACUCCACCUCCGGCAUAUCAAGCGACACAAUAGAUUGCAGACACCAAUCAUUUCGAAGAUUUUUUUCGUUUGUCUAUACAUACACCAACCUACAUUACAGUAGAUUGUACAUACG